CUUUGUCACCACAGAAAACAGAAAUUGAGUCCUCGUCGAAGGUGAACACUAGUAUUAAAUCUUGACUACUGCCAGCGGCAGCCAAAAGCUUGGAGAAAGAAGAAACAAGCGAAAAUGGGGUUUCUAUUGAUGACUGUGGAGUAUUUGGCUGCCUUAAUCUUGAUCGUUGUUUUUGGAUUAGUUUCUAUAAUCAUUUUUGAAGCUUACAGAAGACGUCACAACAACGCUCAUGUUGAAGCCCCGGCGAUCUUUGAGGAUCCGAAAUCAUUGAAACAGGUCCCUUGUCCUAACAUUUUUGAUCCAGCGGAGAAAUAUUUGUCGUUGAUAUUUCCUGCUUUCAAUGAAGAGCACAGGCUUCCUGGAGCACUUGAUGAAACCAUGAAUUAUCUUCAACAACGGGUAGCAAAGGAUAAGUCAUUUUCUUAUGAGGUGUUGAUCAUUGAUGAUGGAAGUAAGGAUGGAACAAAGAGAGUAGCUUUUGACUUUGUAAAGAAGUAUGGUGUGGAUAAUGUAAGGGUUAUCCUUCUUGGUAAAAACCAUGGCAAAGGAGAAGCUAUAAGAAAAGGAAUGCUUCAUUCACGUGGUGAAUUACUUCUAAUGCUAGAUGCAGAUGGGGCUACCAAGGUUACUGACCUGGAAAAACUUGAAAAUCAGAUCCAUGUGGUUGCCAGAAAAGAUACUCAUCGUGAGGAUUCAGCAGCCAGUGACACAAGUUUUAGAAUAUCUGAUGUUCCAAUAGUUGCAUUUGGUUCGCGGGCUCAUCUUGAGGAGAAAGCUCUUGCUACAAGGAAGUGGUACCGCAAUUUUUUGAUGAAGGGUUUCCAUCUUGUGGUUCUCUUGACUGCUGGUCCCGGAAUUCGUGAUACACAGUGCGGUUUUAAGAUGUUUACAAGAUCUGCAGCAAGGAAGCUUUUUGCUAACAUCCGUUUGAAAAGGUGGUGUUUUGAUGUUGAACUAGUUUUCCUUUGCAAAUGGUUCAGCAUCCCAAUGCUCGAGAUAUCCGUAAACUGGUCUGAAAUUCCUGGAUCGAAGGUAAAUCCAUUGAGCAUACCCAACAUGCUUUGGGAGCUUGCCCUCAUGUCUGUAGGAUACAGAACUCGAAUGUGGAAAAUUAAUUCUUGAUGUCAUGAUCUGCCCGGCUCUCAGCUCCAUUGAGUGAUGACAAACAAAGAGAAGCAGCUAUGCAGAUGAUUUAAUAACCUUAGGUUUAAUAGACUCUUUAGGAAAAAACUUUUGACAGUUAGAUGAAAAUCAGUUUUUCGGAGCUUUUUCCUUGUGCAAGGAACGGCCAGAACAUGCAGUUAUUCAGUUGUAAUCACAUUUUGACAAUCAAAUUACGAAUUUAUUUCCUGGAUAA